UUCUCUGACGUAGAGAGCCUCGCGAUAAGUACCUGAAUGACAGCGCAAGGAAGAUGGCAGCGCAGGAGAGUGGAACAACUGGAGUACCAGCAGUAAUAAACCGUCAGGAAGAGGUGAGCAGCAAUGGCGCUGCUGCAGGGGGCCAAGUGGAACAAACUGCACAACCACAGCAACAGCAACAACAACAACCACCUCCUAAUGCCUGGCAAGUUAUUAAGGGUGUACUCUUCAGAAUUUUCAUAAUUUGGGCCAUCAGCAGCUGGUUCAGGCGUGGAUCAACACCUCAGGACCAAACUAGUCCAGGUGGACCUCCCCGAGUGCCCAGUCGAAAUCUCUUCCCAAAAGACACUUUAAUGGACCUUUAUAUUUAUAUAUCUGAGCAAGAAGAAUUUACAGAGUUUAAUGACACCUCUGCACUACUAUGGGAACAGCGAGACCUUGUAUUUGGAGACUGGACAAGUGGCGAAAACGGUGAUGGAUGUUAUGAACAUUACACAGAAAUGGAUACUUCAGAGCAUAUAAAAAAGAAUGGUUCCUUGUAUGUCCAUGUGUAUUUCACCAAGAGUGGUUUCCACCCAGAUCCUAAGCGGAAAGGACAGUACAGACGCAUUGCCACAGCUCACGCAUCACGAAUGUUAAACAAGUACAAGCGCAGAAGAUUCCAGAAAACAAAGAACUUGCUUACAGGAGAAACAGAGGUUGAUCCUGAGAUUAUAAAGAGAGCUGAAGAUUACGGCCCUGUAGAGGUGAUUUCCCAUUGGCAUCCCAAUCUGACCAUAAAUCUGGUUGAUGACAAUACUGCUUGGGUGAAGGGGGCUGUUCCACCUCCCUUGGACCAGUAUGUGAAAUUUGAUGCUGUUAGUGGUGAUUACUUCCCUAUUGUUUACUUCAAUGACUACUGGAAUCUGCAGAAAGAUUACUUUCCUGUCAAUGAGACUGUUGAAAAGCUUCCCUUUCGCGUCUCUUACUGCCCACUAUCAUUGUGGCGCUGGCAACUUUAUGCAGCACAAAGCACCAGAUCACCGUGGAACUUCUUUGGAGAAGACCUCUAUGAACAGUCAGAUGAAGAGCAGGACUCUGUCAAGGUUGCCUUGUUAGAAACUAACCCUUACCUAUUGGCUUUGACCAUCAUAGUUUCUAUUGUCCACAGCAUUUUCGAGUUCCUUGCUUUCAAAAAUGAUAUUCAGUUCUGGAACAGCAGACAGUCUCUGGAGGGUCUGUCUGUCCGCUCUGUAUUUUUUGGGGUAUUUCAGUCCCUUGUUGUUCUUUUGUAUAUCUUAGACAACGAAACAAACUUUGUAGUUCAGGUCAGCGUCUUCAUUGGACUCCUCAUUGACUUCUGGAAGAUCACAAAAGUGAUGGAUGUAAAGCUUGACAGAGAGAAUAAAAUAGCAGGAGUCAUCCCAAGGAUAACAUUUAAAGACAAAUCAACUUAUGUGGAAUCUUCUACCAAAAUUUAUGAUGAUAUGGCCUUCAGAUAUCUGUCAUGGAUCCUUUUCCCAUUACUGGGUUGCUAUGCUGUAUACAGUCUUCUAUACUUGGAGCACAAAGGCUGGUACUCAUGGGUACUAAGCAUGCUUUAUGGUUUCUUGUUAACCUUUGGGUUCAUUACAAUGACUCCUCAGCUUUUCAUUAACUACAAGCUGAAGUCUGUAGCCCACCUCCCAUGGAGGAUGCUAACGUACAAAGCACUGAACACUUUCAUUGAUGAUCUUUUUGCAUUUGUAAUCAGAAUGCCUAUGAUGUACAGAAUAGGCUGCCUUAGAGAUGAUGUAGUAUUUUUCAUUUACUUAUACCAACGCUGGAUCUAUCGGGUGGACCCAACACGAGUUAAUGAGUUUGGAAUCAGUGGAGAGAGUCAUUUGGCACAGACAGCACAAAAUAACACUCCGUCAGAAAACAGAACACUACCAGAAAAUGACAAACCCAUAGAGGAGAAGAAAAAUGAUUAGUUUCCAUCAUAUAAUAAAGAAUUUUAAUCUAUAAUUAUUGACCACAAAUGGACAGAGAAAAUAAACUCGCAGUAUGCUGCUGAGAUCCCUAGGAUCAGUCAUUCUUUAUUUUAUAUUCCAGUACAUUUUUUUUUUUAAUUCUGUGACGUUUAUGUGAUGUACUGUACCCAUUAAGGAGAAAUACAUAUCAUAUUUAAAGUCUGAUGUGAUGAGUAAUCAUUGUGACUUCAUUCCAUUGUGUGAAUGUUUGGUACGUUAAUAUUGCACUGUAUCAGGUUCCAGUCUCAUGUAAGAAACAAAAUUGAAGAACCAAGAAUUUUCAGAAUAAAGUAACAUUUAUGAUCUAAAAA